AUGGCAUUGAUUAACUCAGCUGCCGAGAACAACAUCACCUUUGUGCGACCUGCAUAUUUUAUAAUAAGUGGUUUUAUUGGCAUACCUAAUAUUAGAUAUUAUUUUGUCUUUCUGUGUUUUAUUUACAUUCUUUCAGUGGUGGGAAACACAUUAGUGAUGAUUGUAAUAACAUUGGAUCACAUGUUGAGAAGUCCUAAAUAUAUUGCUGUUUUUAACCUUACAUUUACGGACCUGUUAAGUAGCUCUGCUUUGGUUCCAAAGGUUGUUGACAUUUUUCUGUUUAACCAUUAUUAUAUUUCCUACAAUGACUGCUUGACUUUUAUGUUUUUCAGCUUUACUUUAUAUGCGAUGCAGGCUUUUAAUCUGGUUGUAUUGUCCUUUGACAGAGUCAUGGCUAUCAUGUACCCUCUGCACUAUCAAAUGAGAGUGAGCCACAAGCUCAUUUUGUCUUUGAUUGCUUUUUUCUGGCUUCUUGCCAUAACUCUUACACUCAUUGCAGUUGGCCUUCUCACCAGACUUUCCUUCUGUCAGUCUGUGAUUAUUCAGAGCUACUAUUGUGAUAAUGGUCCUAUGUAUCGUCUUGGCUGCAAUGAUGCUACCCCUAAUUAUAUAUUUGCUGCUUUGGCAAUAGUUCUUGUUCUUGGGUUUCCACUGGCAUUUAUCGUGGGAAGCUACUGCUGUAUCGGUUAUUCUUUGUCAAAAAUUUCUACAUUUAGGGAAAGAGUGAAAGCUUUUAAAACCUGCACAGGUCACCUUUCAUUAGUGGCAAUUUAUUUCCUUUCUGUUAUAUUUGUGUAUGCUUUUGGGCGUGUAAUACAUCCAAAUGCAAGGAUCAUAAACCUUUCUAUUGCCACUGUAUUGCCUCCCAUGUUAAACCCAAUAAUCUAUGUUCUUCAGACAGAGGAGAUCAAAGAAUCAUUGAGAAGAUUGUUGAAAGCUAGAGUGCAGGCUAAAUUGGAAGUGUUUAGAUUUAAACCUUUGUAGUUCCCGAUUUCUAUUCUUUCAUUCAAUUUUAUUUCUUUUUAAGUUUACUAUGUAGGUGAAGUAUUUCAUACACAGUAUUGCAGCCUUUUAUGCAGCCAAAACAUCAAGAUUUCAUUUGGAACAAUAAACAAUAUAACUACUUUAUUCACCGAAAAGCAAAAUGAUCUAAAACGUUACUGUCAGAAUAAAAAUUGACAAAAGACAGCCACAGCCAAGAACCGUAAUAAAGGACAUUUAUUCUUGCAAGGGAGCAAAAGCAUCAAAUACAAGGUUUCAUAUUAGAUUUUGUCAAUUCCACCCUCCUUUGCCUUAAAACUGUCACAAAAUAAAUUUUUCUUUCUACAGGCAUCUCACGGGUACAGUUAUGAGUGUGUGUGCUGUAGUAAAUAGAUAUUGAGUAGAUAAUUGAGUAGUAUAAUAUGAUCACAUUUUUUUGCAACUUGGGUGUACUUCCAGGCACCGAGUUUAUCUCUGACUAUAAUGCAGCUCUCGCUAAUUAGAACAUUGUAUAACAUAUUUUUUACCCAUCAGUUAAGCACGAAAAUCUAAAAUGUCACAACAAAAUAAAAUAAUAAAAAAUGUAAAUAAAAUAAAAUAAAAUAAAAAAUUUAAUAACAUAGAGUAGCAGCAGUCUCGUCAUUCCUCAUUUGUAUUA